GGCGAAUUCUCCUGCCUGAGCUCGCCUCCGGAGGGACCGAACGGAGGUUUGCAUCCCUUCUCCUUCCACCGGCCGGCGGGGAGCGGCGCGGGAGUUGCGGGGUCAGCAUGGGCGUAGUGGCUGCGAGGAGCAGCUGCCCCCUGCGCCUGAAGCGGCGGCUGCUGUUGCUGCUGGGGCUCUGCAGCUGGACGGCCGCUCUGCGAGGAAAUGAUAACAGUGAAGCGCUUCCAGAGUCUAUCCCAUCUGCUCCUGGAACACUGCCUCAUUUUAUGGAGGAACCAGAUGAUGCCUACAUUAUAAAAAGCAACCCAAUUGUCUUACGCUGUAAAGCUAUGCCAGCUAUGCAGAUUUUCUUCAAGUGCAAUGGUGAAUGGGUCCAUCAAAAUGAGCACGUGUCUGAGGAAAGCAUGGAUGAGACUACAGGAUUGAAAGUUCGAGAGGUGUUCAUCAACGUGACGAGACAGCAGGUGGAAGAUUUUCAUGGGCCAGAAGAUUACUGGUGUCAAUGUGUUGCAUGGAGCCAUCUAGGGACCUCAAAGAGUAGGAAGGCAUCUGUCCGCAUAGCUUAUUUACGGAAAAACUUUGAGCAAGACCCACAAGGGAAGGAGGUUCCUAUCGAAGGGAUGAUCGUUCUCCACUGUCGGCCACCUGAGGGAGUCCCUGCAGCUGAGGUGGAAUGGCUAAAGAACGAGGAGCCCAUAGAUUCCAACCUGGAUGAGAAUAUUGACACCAGAGCAGACCACAACCUCAUCAUUCGACAGGCACGUCUUUCUGACUCUGGGAACUAUACCUGCAUGGCUGCCAACAUUGUUGCCAAGAGAAGGAGUAUGUCUGCGACAGUUGUGGUGUAUGUUAAUGGAGGCUGGUCAUCAUGGACUGAGUGGUCAAACUGCAAUGCACGGUGUGGUCGGGGCUGGCAGAAGCGAUCACGGACCUGUACCAACCCUGCUCCACUCAACGGAGGUGCAUUUUGUGAAGGGAUGUCAGUGCAGAAAAUUACCUGCACUUCUCUUUGCCCUGUGGAUGGAAACUGGGAGGUGUGGAGUGAGUGGUCUGUGUGCAGUCCGGAAUGCGAGCAUUUGAGAGUACGGGAAUGUAUUGCGCCACCUCCAAGAAACGGAGGAAAGUACUGCGAGGGCUUGAGUCAAGAGUCAGAGAAUUGCACUGAAGGGCUUUGCAUUCAAGAUAAAAAACCUCUUCAUGAAAUAAAAUCCCAAAAUAUUGAGACUGCCAGUGACAUUGCCUUGUACUCCGGCCUGGGAGCAGCAGUCAUUGCUGUAGCUGUGCUGGUGGUUGCCGUUACCCUUUACAGACGGAGUCAGAGUGAGUACGGCGUGGAUGUGAUUGAUUCAUCUGCACUGACGGGCGGCUUCCAGACAUUUAAUUUUAAAACAGUCAGACAAGGUAACUCCCUGCUUUUGAACUCAUCCAUGCAGCCUGACUUGACAGUGAGCAGAACGUACAGUGGACCAAUCUGCCUGCAGGACCCCAUGGACAAGGAGCUAAUGACAGAGUCUUCACUGUUCAACCCGCUGUCAGACAUCAAAGUCAAAGUUCAGAGUUCAUUCAUGGUGUCCCUAGGGGUGACAGAGAGGGCUGAGUAUCAUGGAAAGGCACAUUCUGGAACUUUUCCUCAUGGGAAUAAUAGAGCUUUUGGUACGAUACAGGCUAGAAACAAGGCUACGUAUAUUCAGAACCUGUCUUCUAUUUCAACAACAAGUGAGCUGAAGACAACUGCCAUUUUUGGACACCUAGGUGGCCGUUUAGUGGUUCCAAACACAGGAGUCAGUUUGUUGAUACCACAUGGAGCUAUUCCUGAAGAGAGUUCGUGGGAAAUCUAUCUUGCCAUCACUCAGAAGGAGUCCAGUCUACAGCCAGAAGGCACAGAUGUUCUUCUAGGACCAGAAGUAACUUGUGGGCCCUCAGACUUGUCUGUCAGCACCCCAUUUGCCUUGACGAUACCACACUGCGCAGAAGUAAAUUCAGAGCACUGGAAUAUUCACUUGAAAAAAAGGACACAGCAAGGAAAAUGGGAGGAAGUGAUGUCUGUGGAAGAGGAAACUACUUCUUGCUACUGCCUGUUGGAUCCUUAUGCCUGUCACAUUCUCUUAAACAGCUUUGGAACUUAUGCUCUUAUUGGAGAACCGAUCUCUGACUGUGCCGUUCGACAGCUGAAAGUAGCGGUUUUUGGCUGCCUGUCUUGCAAUUCUCUGGAUUACAAUCUGAGAGUAUAUUGUAUGGAUAACACACCUUGUGCAUUUCAGGAAGUGGUUUCGGAUGAAAAACUCCAAGGAGGACAAUUACUGGAGGAACCCAAGCUUUUGCAUUUCAAAGGGAAUACCUUCAGUCUUCAGAUAUCUGUCCUUGAUAUCCCUCCUUUCCUUUGGAGAAUUAAACCAUUUACUGCAUGUCAGGAAGUCCCAUUCUCUCGCGUGUGGUGCAGCAGCCAGAAGCCGCUGCACUGUGCCUUUUCACUGGAGCGCUACACACCUGCAACUACACAGCUGUCCUGCAAGAUCUGCGUCCGACAAGUCAAGGGUCAUGAGCAAAUCCUACAGAUCCAGACAUCCAUUCUAGAGAAUGAAAGAGAAACCAUCACUUUCUUUGCACAUGACGACAGCAACUUCCCUGCACAGAUGGGUCCAAAAGCAUUCAAAAUCCCCUACUCCAUUAGACAACGAAUCUGUGCAACAUUUGACACACCCAACGCCAAAGGCAAAGACUGGCAGAUGUUAGCACAAAAAACCAGCAUUAACAGGAAUCUCUCCUAUUUUGCUACACAAAGCAGUCCAUCUGCUGUCAUUCUGGACCUCUGGGAAGCCCGACAUCAACAUGAUGGCGAUCUUGACUCCCUAGCCUGUGCCCUGGAAGAAAUAGGAAGGACACACUCCAAAAUCUCAGACAUAACAGAAACUGAGAUUGAGGAGCCUGACUUCAACUACAGCAGACAAAAUGGACUUUAGUCACUUUUUUCCAUUCAAGAACUGACGGCCAGCUUUGACUAUUACACUAGAGAUUCUCUUUGGCAGGGAGGAAAUAAGGGUUUCUGCACAGUGUGUAUGGAAACAGACACUCAUUUCCACAAUGCAGUUUUCAGUUGGAGGAGCAGAAGCCCUACUAAAAAUCAUCUCAGUAAUAAGGAAAACACAAGCUUCUCCCUGUCCUCUCUCAUUUAAAAUUCAUGUUUUAAUGUCAGAAACCAAACUACACGUCUAUCAUUCCUGGGGCAGGAAAGAGUGAGAUACAGAACCAUAAAAGGUAAAUAUUAUGACAUAAUGUAUUUAGGAAAGAGUAAUGCUAAUAUAAUGCCUAGUGAAAAUCAGCAAAUAUGAUAUUGAGUAUUUAGAGCCACCAGAGGUUAAUCCUAGUUUAAAAGUUUGUCGUCUUGGGGCCUUGACUCCCUUUUGUCCUGCAUCUCUAACUUACCACACUUAAAGAGUGGGUUUAAAAUGUCAUUUGAUAUCAUGUUGUCACUUUGUAUCUGCUACAGAAAAAAAGAAAAUCUGGCCUUAUCCUGUUCAGAUGUUUGAGGAAUUAGAAGAUCUCAUAACUAUUUAAUUGAUAUCAUGUGCAUUCCAAACAAUUUCUUUUAAAAAUUCACUUAAUGAAUGUACAUUUGCUGCAGAGCUUUCCUGCCUAUUCCUGUUAACAGAAUAACAGAACAAAACCCUUCUCUGUGAAAUUAGAGUGUGCAUGUGUGAGAGAGAAAUUUUCUAAAGUUCUUGGUCUGCAAACUUAGUCAAAAAAAUGUUUCUUUGGGGGUGGAUAUAGCCACCAAAUAAAAUGCAGGAAAUUGCCAGCCCUAUUUUAGCAAGUUUAUGCAUUUUUUUUAUUGUUUCAUGUUCUGGGGCUAAACUAAAAAGUAAAGGUGAAGUCAAAUCAGCAAAGCUUAAUUUUUGGUUCAUUUUCAGACUGAAACCAGAAACCCCACAUGAUACUGCCAAAAAUUGGCUUGAUUUCAUUGUACAAUCUGGAAAUUUCACAGGAUAUAAAGCUGGCUGUGUUACGUUUGGUUUAGUUACAAACAUAUUGCAUUUACCUCCAAAACCAGAAUCUAACUAGAGAAUUCUCCUCAUUUUUUAUCCAUUUUGUACAAAAAUAAUUUAUUACUUCAACUGAACCAAAAAGAGAGCUGUCACUGUGAGCGUGUCCUAGUGGAACUGGUACUGAGCCAAAUUUAACCAUUAUUUUUACUCUCAUAUUCUUUAAAAUUAGCCAAGGUGCUCAUUAGCUCUGGCCCUAGGCUAUCAGUUUUGGUGAUAGGAAUACAAUCAGUAUAAAGCAGGAACAUAAACAAGACUUUAGGAGCUUUAUGGAAAUGCAAGAAAUUGAAAACAAGCAUUCUGGGGGGUUUUUUUACCCCCGUAUUUGGCCGAGAGCAGCAUGAUAGGCCACAGGGUAGGUACUUAGUGUGCAAAUCUGUAAUAAUCUGAAACUAUUUCUUUACCCAGGAUUCCAGUUCUGAAAGGUAUGAUGAACAACUCUUGACGUAAGACUUUGCUUGUUCUCGCUCAUCUGAAAUUGCAAAUUUCAUUGCUUUCCCAGCUCAGCGGGCUGGAAUAGUCUUAGACUUCUAAAUACUUAGGCUUCCCCAAACAUUUUCUGCACUUUAGUAUUUCAUGCAGCCUGCCAUGAGAGUUCCUGUUUGCAGUGGAAAAUCAUAAUGGCUGCAAGCAUACUUAAGACUGAGACAAAAAUACCAGCUGAUUUGGCAGCAAGCUGCCACUGUUUUCAGCAGCACAUGGUUCUAUCUGUGUUUGAAUUAUAUUUCUAGCGACUUCCAGUCCUCCUCCUCAGAAACCUGUUCUUCAUUGGACAAAAUAUCAUGAAUUAAAGAAAAAAAAAACCAGGGAAUGGCAUCCACAGAAAAGCAGUGGAGUUUUAGUGAGCUGUCGUUGUCUGGGAAACCAGCUACAGUUACUCUCCAUCAGUUAAUUUGUUCUCAGCUUCUCCUCAGAUGCAGUUUUAAUUUUCAAACUAGCUUAGGUUACCUACCACAACAGAGACCUAAGUACUACCCUGCAGGUGCUGUAACAUAUUCAUGUCACUCCGAAGAGCUGUAUGUGUUUUCUCUUCUUGUAUUCCAAACAUAUGUGAGCUACACACAGCAUAUGAGGUCAAAAGAGGUGCUGUAUGGACCUCAGACCUUAAAGCUUUUUCUCAGGAAAUGCACAGUGUUUACUUUCAAGACUUGGGUAGCUUUGAAAAAAACCUCUAUGUACAGCAACACCCAACUCUGCCUACUGAAUGGUCGGUAAAGCCUAGAGAGAGAGAGAAACCAGAAGCUGUCUAGAGUGACUUCCUCCAAAGUACAUCUAAAAGGGCCUUCAGAGUGAAGGGAUCUGGGUUGUACACCAAAAUCCAAUGAAGUCUAGUGUCUGAGUUAGUUAACGUACUGAAAAGGAAUAAAUGUCAAAGUUUCUUACAAUGCCAGAAAAGAAACCGUUCAGUUUUGGGCCCAAGGUAAGAUUUUAAUUUUACAGUGCUCAAUAGAGUAUUGUUGUUUCCCUUUAGGUUUUGUUUCCUGGUUUUUCUUCACUUUUGCUAAAGCAGCUUCUUUGUUACUCAUCUUUCUUUAGUGAAUCUGAAUCAAGAACUCUGACUUUUUGUAACCUAUUAUUGUUUUGAUGCUCUGGUAUUAUUAAGUAAGUGGACUAGAAAUGCCACAAUACUACUUAUUUACCUUUCUCGCACUGUAAUGGGGUUUGAAACAGUAACCAAACCACUAGCCUACAUUUCUCAUGUGAGCUUAUCCAGCUGCACACCUGAAUCUUGUAAGAACUGCCAUACUAUGUCAGGUGAAAAUCCAUUUAGUCUUGUGUGCUAUCUCUAAUAGUGACCAGGAUUGAAAGUUUAGGGAAACAGUGUAAGAAACAUGCCCUGUACUGAAGGACUUCCUCAGCAGGGGGAUUGCAUUUGGACCACUGUGUCUAAGAAUCACUGAUACUGUCCUUCAACAAACUGACUCAUCCCUUUUGAACCCACUGAAACACUUGGCCUUCAUGAACAAUAUCCAGAAGAAACAACUGCCACAAUCUUUUGCAUUUUUUUUUUUUAAACAGCCCUUCCUUUCCAAGCUUUCCUUUCGUAUAACACGUGCUGCCUAACAAUUGCACUGGGUUCCCCUAGUUCUGUGCAGUGAGGAAUACUGAGUAACUGUUACCAAAUCACCUUAUCCAUAUAUUAUGCAUUCUUUUACAGGCUUCUCUCACAUUUAAUUUCCACUCACUCUCUUGUCUAGGCUGAAAAACCUUGGUUUAUUCUACUUCUUUGAACAUCCUUGCUGUUAUUCUCUGUAUCAUCUCUAGUUCUGUAUCUUUUUGGAGAUGGAGCGACCAAUAACCUGCUUUUCAACAGGAACACAGGCUAAAUCAUGUAAUUCCUCCAUUUCCUCAGUUUCUUGCUGUUCCCACAUUCAGUAUCAAUCACAGAGGAUUAAGAUCUUGCUAUAUAGCAUAAAGCCACAAGAAACGCCUGCAAGAGACUGCAGGAUGCCCGAGAAUACAGUAGCUGACUUUACUAUGCAAAUUACUCAGGCUAGUACAUCCUGAACAUCCAGCAAAUAAAACCUGUGAGGAAAAAACACGUAGCUGAAAAAAAAAGACUGAGGUGACAGAGAAGAUGUCAAAAUCAUAAAAAAAAAAAAUCCCCAAAAGUAAAUUAUUUGUUCUCUAUGCUAAUGAUGGAUAUUGGUAGGCAGUAACUGGACAAUAAGAACUUACGUUAGACUUUUGAGUGGAAAACCAGGCUUUUUUCUAUUUGAAAAAAGAAAAAAGAAAAAAAAAGAAAA